AGCCGCGAGUCAGACUCCGACUGCCCGCCGAGAGGAACCGAGAGGAACCGAGUCAGACUCCGACUGUCCGCCGAGAGGGACCGAGAGGAACCGAGUCAGACUCCGACUGUUCGCCGAGAGGAACCGAGUCAGACUCCGACUGCCCGCCGAGAGGGACCGAGAGGAACCGAGUCAGACUACGACUGUCCGCCGAGAGGAACCGAGUCAGACUCCGACUGCCCGCCGAUAGGAACCGAGUCAGAAUCCGACUGUCCGCCGAGAGGGACCGAGAGGAACCGAGUCAGACUCCGACUGUCCGCCGAGAGGGACCGAGAGGAACCGAGUCAGAAUCCGACUGUCCGCCGAGAGGAACCGAGUCAGACUCCGACUGUCCGCCGAGAGGGACCGAGAGGAACCGAGUCAGACUCCGACUGUCCGCCGAGAGGAACCGAGAGGAACCGAGUCAGACUCCGACUGUCCGCCGAGAGGAACCGAGUCAGACUCCGACUGCCCGCCGAUAGGAACCGAGUCAGACUCCGACUGUCCGCCGAGAGGGACCGAGAGGAACCGAGUCAGGCUCCGACUGUCCGCCGAGAGGAACCGAGUCAGACUCCGACUGUCCGCCGAGAGGGACCGAGAGGAACCGAGUCAGAAUCCGACUGUCCGCCGAGAGGAACCGAGUCAGACUCCGACUGUCCGCCGAGAGGAACCGAGUCAGACUCCGACUGUCCGCCGAGAGGAACCGAGUCAGACUCCGACUGUCCGCCGAGAGGGACCGAGAGGAACCGAGUCAGAAUCCGACUGUCCGCCGAGAGGAACCGAGUCAGACUCCGACUGUCCGCCGAGAGGAACCGAGUCAGACUCCGACUGUCCGCCGAGAGGAACCGAGUCAGACUCCGAUUGUCCGCCGAGAGGGACCGAGAGGAACCGAGUCAGACUCCGACUGUCCGCCGAGAGGGACCGAGAGGAACCGAGUCAGACUCCGAUUGUCCGCCGAGAGGAACCGAGUCAGACUCCAACUGUCCGCCGAGAGGAACCGCUGGUCCGAGAGAUCUGCAGACGAGCCGCCGAAGAAGCGACAGAAAAUCGGGGCAGAAAUUCAACAACAACCAGCCGGUAACGAGGAGUCCGCCGCCGACUGAAACCGGGGACCGUGAGGAGAGAACCACCGAGCUGCCUUUCAUCGACCUGUCCGCCGCCGGGCUCUCGCUGCUCGGUCACCACAGCCAAGCUGCCUUCGUUAGCUUCUGCCCCUUUAGCUACAAGCUAACCCUCCCGGCUGUCAGUGUCCCGCUGCCCGGUGCGAGCUCCGGACGAUGCGCCGCUCGGCCCCGACUGACGGAGGUUUAACUCUCAGCUCGCCGAGCGACCUGUGUUAGCUUCAGUUAGCCCCGAAGCUAACAAGUUGACGUGGAGGAAGGAAGUCGAUUCUUUACUUUCUCUCCUCCCUUUUUUGGGGAUUGCUUGUCGGAAGCUGUGCUUUCACACGGAUUAUCAAUAAUAAUCCCAUUCAUAUAAUAAUAAUUCAUAUCUCUAUACUUGUGGGGACUUUUCGCAGCCAGUCGGUGAACUAUGGUUGUUUGUCGGAGGGUCGUUGACAGCGGAACAACUCUCUCCUGGCUGCAGCGCCGCGACGGAAACGUUAGCUAACACACACUGUCACACACCUUCGUCCGCCGGACAGUUGCCGAACAGAACAAGUUGCCGAACAAAGUCAACUGCGAAGGAAAAGUUGCUCAAUCAGCUGUUGAUCGCGGGCUGUUGUUUUAGAAGCUGCAGCUUCUUCCUGUUCUUCUGUCUGACGUCACCGCUGCUGCUCCACACCUGGACCCCACCUGACACCUCCGCGUGUGUGUGGUGACUAUAUAUCAUAGGUAUUAUUGAAUUAAUAAUACUAAUAACAAUAUUACGAAUCAAGUAGAGAUGUCAGGCCAGUCGAUCACGGAUCGCAUCGCCGCGGCGCAGCACAGUAUGACCGGCUCGGCCAUCAGCAAGGCGGUGUGCAAGGCCACCACCCACGAAGUGAGCGGGCCCAAGAAGAAGCACCUGGACUAUCUGAUCCACUGCACCAAUGAGAUGAACGUGAACAUUCCGCAGCUCGCGGACACGCUGUUCGAGCGCACGGCCAACUCCAGCUGGGUGGUGGUGUUCAAGGCCCUGAUCACCACCCACCACCUCAUGAUGUACGGCAACGAGCGUUUCAUCCAGUACCUGGCCUCCAGAAACACUCUGUUCAACCUCAACAACUUCCUGGAUAAGGGAGCUCUGCAAGGUUACGACAUGUCCACCUUCAUCAGACGCUACAGCCGCUACCUGAACGAGAAGGCCAUGUCCUACCGGCUGGUGGCCGUCGACUUCACCAAGAUGAAGAGAGGGAUCGACGGAGUGAUGAGGACCAUGAGCACAGAGAAGCUGAUCAAGACGCUGCCGAUCAUCCAGAACCAGCUGGACGCGCUGCUGGACUUCCAGGCCAACCCUAACGAGCUGACCAACGGUGUGAUCAACUCCGCCUUCAUGCUGCUCUUCAAAGACUCCAUCAGGCUGUUCGCUGCCUACAACGAGGGGGUCAUCAACCUGUUGGAGAAAUACUUUGACAUGAAGAAGAACCAGUGUAAAGACGCUCUGGACAUCUACAAGAAGUUUCUCUGCAGGAUGACCAAGCUGUCAGAGUUCCUCAAAGUAGCCGAGCAAGUUGGAAUAGAUCAGGGCGACAUCCCCGAUCUCUCACAGGCCCCCAGCAGCCUCCUGGAGGCGCUGGAGCAGCACCUGGCCUCUCUGGAGGGCAAGAAGACCAAGGAGCUGAGUGCAGACACCAGAGCGUCCACCCUGUCCAGCGCCGUCUCGUCUCUGUCCUCCACCGGCAUGUCGUUCAGCCGCAUGGACGAGAAGGAGAAGCAGCUGGCACUGGAGGAGGAGCAGGCCCGACUGCAGGCGCUGAAGGACCAGCGGCUGAAGGAGAUCAACAUGCAGACUCCGCCCUCUGCCUCCCCGAGUAGCCAAUCAUUGGGCAUCGCCAACAACAACCACCACAUCACACACACCCCCGAGCUGUUCAGCUCCACACUGUCUGCCAACAGCGUUCCCAACCUGAGCAGUGACCUGUUUGAUCUCCAGCCGGCCUUCAUCCCUGCUGUGCAGAGCACUCCGUCCAUCUCCACCGCCAACAGUGCCUGGGGAGGACCGGAGAGCCAGGCUCCGCCUCAGGCCGCCGCCCCCGCCCCCGUGGCCAUGACGGUAGAUUUCGAUGCCGUGUUCGGGAUUAAGGCCACGUCCGGUAACGACGGCCCGCAGCCUGCAGCCGGUUUCGACGCUCUGGGAGACUUGUUGAAGCCGACGGUUCCCACGCACUCGGCUCCUCCUCCUCCUCUUCCUCCUCCUCAGAUGAGCAUCCAUCACGGAGGGAAGCUGCUCGCCAACGACCUGGACUCCUCCCUGGCAAACCUCGUGGGCAAUCUCCAGUUUGGUGGAACUCCUGCCAAGAAGCCGGAGAUGCACUGGAGUCAGCCUGGAGAGAAGAAGCUGACCGGGGGCCACAACUGGCAGAACAAGACCAUGACCACCACACAGUGGGGCCCCGCCCCCGUGGCCCCGCCGCCCAUACCUGUGCCACACGUGAAUGGAAUGUUCUAUACUAGUUAUGCUCCGGCUCCAAUGGCUUUUCCCAUGACCACACCGCAAGUGCCUGUGUAUGGAAUGGUCCCUCCCCAGAUGGGUCAGAUGGGCGGGGUCCCCGUCAUGGCUCCUCAGCCAAUGAUGUACAACCAGCCUGUCCUCAGACCCACCAACCCCUUCGCACCGAUGCCCGGAGCCCAGAUGCAGUUCAUGUAGAAACCAGUCGGGGGGAGCAGAGUGCCAAAAGCCACAAACUCAACAAACAGCAGCAGAAGAAGACGAUUUGAUCACGUUAAACAUGGCUGAGACUCAGACAAGGAGGAGCAACCACCCACAAACAAAAAACAAGAUGGAGGCACGAGGUGGAGGGACGCCAUCUUGGAUGGUCAUUGUCUGAAACAGCUGCUGGUGUGUGUUACGUCGUCUGAUUGGUGUUGUAAAUCUUAUCGAUGAAGUGACGUUCCAGGAGAGAAAGACGGAGAUCCUACCUCUGGUUUUCAGUCACAUGUAUAUAAAAACACAUAUAUGUAUUUAUAUAUGUCUGACUGCUGCAGAAUUAGCUUUAUUUCAUACUGGUGCUAUCUCGUGUUCGUUCAGUGGGUUUUAAUAUCCCUGUUUUCUCAGCAGCUGUUUCAGACGAAACCUUUACGACUUCCUCUGCCUCGUCCUCCGUCGACCAAUCAGAGAGAGCGUUCAUGUUCUGCUCUGUGUGUGGAGGAAGCGUUUCUCCUCUGCUGAAUGUUUUUUCGGAGCUUGUAAAGUAAAAUUUGUCGAAACCGUUUUGUUAAUUGCCGUCAAGCGUUUUGCUGUUUUGUGUUUUUCAGCCUGAAAGUCUUGGUUAAAGCCACAGACACACAGACAGACGGGGUGUUAGCAACGACAUGCUAGCAUGACACAGCGUCGUCUGGACUGUCCUCGAACCAGAAGUUUCCAUUAAAAUAUAUAUUUCUCAAGGUGGCACAGUGAAAUUCCUCAACAGACGUUUACGUUCGGCUACAAACUCGUUGGUCGGAAGUUGAACAUGAAAAGUGAUUUCCUCCACGUGAGCAAAAUGUCACCAUGGUAAAUGAAGGUGUCGCCUGUUGCUAGGCAGGUUUAUCUUCACGUUUUUGGGGCUAAAAUGGAGGAAGUGUGUGUUAGCAUGGUUAGCACCUCGGUGAUCCUGUGAGUAUCUGUUGUUCUCGUCUUCAUUCAAACAUCCAGGUUUUCUAAAGAAACAGCUUUUUGGUGACGGAUCCACAUCAUCACCUACAUCUUGAACUUUAUGAUUGACAGCAGCAGCGAGCGACUGAGUUCAGUGAAUCGAGUUGAAUUCACUUUAAAUUGCACUGAAUCAAAGUGAGACUGUCUGAACCUUCGGCACAAUCCGUCGCCACGGAAACCACAUGCAUUGACGUACGACGUCGUUGUACAUCGCCAUGCGCGUGACUGUCUCAUUGUGCGUGUACUGUCUCACCUUGUCGUGUAUUUGUUUCCAUUGAGGGCUAAUUUUCCCGGGGGUCAGACUUUCCGAGCGAGUUUAACAUGAAAUGUGCUCGUUUGUUUUUUUUGUUUUUGUACAAAGCUCUUGUUGCACAAUGCAAAGACGUUGCACCGAGGUGACGAGUCCAGGCCGAUUUGUGAAGGUAGUUAGAGUUUUGUCUGAUCCACCAGCCGACGGCAGGAAGCUGAACGUUCGUACUGACGACCUCGUGUCCACAUCCCAACCAUCCGUGAUCGUCCUCGUCAGUCGACUUGUUCUAUCUCUACGAUUCUUCUUUUUGUAGUCUGGUCUGUGUAGAUAUGUAAAAAAUAACAACAAUAACCAGUUUCUGUGUCGAUGGCCUGCUCCUCUCGUCCUCGGCCAGUGUCUAGUAUCUGUAGCUCUAUUGUCUCUAGGUGUGGAUGAACCCUGGUCGACUCCUCCAGCUUCACCGUCCCUUCGUCUUCUUCAUCUUCUUCUCCUGUCACGACUCCUACGCCCUAGCCCCGCCUCUCUGUCACAAACUGCGUUCUGAUUGGACCGUUGACUGUGGGGGCGUACAGUACGUAGUCCGACCGCGAGCCGAAUGCCAACAGAUUCCAGCAGCAGCUCAACUCGGUUGUUUUUCCACAAAUCACUUGGAAAGUUGAACAAAAUUUCCACUGGAAUCACGAUCCCAACUCGCGUCACGUACAAGUGGAUCGUACGACUGACGCUCGUCCUCGUCCCCUCCAGUCUCACCUGGGAGAAGCCCACUUCCUGCUCCGCUAGGACAAGUGUCUCCUUCAGGUCCGACACUCGGACUCUCAAGUGAAACUUCACAUCGUUUGUCCUCUUGGAUAUUUUCCCCUUAAGGAAACUAGAUAGUGAAGAACAGUGACAUCAUCUUCUCCCGUUUCCUGAACCGUUCACUGGUUCCUUUGGUUUCGUCGUGUCCCUCCUCUUCCCGCCUCUCCGUCUGGGUUCGUCAGGUCAGUUCAGGACCAGAUCUGCAUCGUUGUAGCAUGAAUCCAACGUGGAGAAGGAAAACGUCGGUGGGCGCAUGGUUCUGUCGUCGUCGUGGGUGUUUGUCCUUUUUCCAAAAAACAAAAAAGCAUGAUCUGACAGUGAUGAUGAGGAUGGUGAUGAAUUCCCUCCUCUUGUCGUCCGUGACUGAAGUUUAAAGAAACAUCUGUCACCUGCGGCGCCCCCCGCAGGCCGUCGCGUGAGUCGCAGGAUGAAUUCACAGAUUCAUCAAGCGACAGAAACAGAGAAACACUUUCAGUCAGAUUCUCGAGCACGUUUGUGGUUUUUUUCUACAUCGGUGUUUUGUUUUGAGAUUCGCUGCCUCACGACUCUUGUACAUAGAGAAUAUUCACACGCUCAUAAUCCUGCAGCCGCUUUUUACUUUCAUGUACUCGUUUAUGUUUCUGAUACAGCAGUAUAUAUAUCGUCAUGGUUACUCCUCAGUGGGGGGCGGGACAACGUGUUCCAUCAAGCCAGGGAUAUUGUCAAAGAUGCCAAAUGUUUUUACUCUGUGUCUCUCUGGUCUCUGUCUCCGCCCACUUUGUCCUUGUACAUUGUUUUCUAUUUAUUUAAAGCAGAACUAUGGAUUGUGUAUCAAAGCAUGGAAAUCUAACAAAUGUUCACACGGACAAAAAUCACAGGCUUUUUAUUUUACAGCAGUAUAUUUGUUUAUUCUAGGGAUUCUUUUUUGGAAGAAAUAAAAAAAAGUCAUUUUCAUUCCUAAA